AGACACAGACAGACGAAUAAAUGGAUAAAAUAGAUGAAAAUAUGGCCACCGGAAGUGGGCGUUAAUGGAUAGUAAACAGAGAGCUUUCUAGAAAGUUCACACAAAACUUCAUUGCAUCUAGUGCUAUAAAAUGGCGAUGGCUAUAGAUCAAGAUAAGGAUGACAUUGUUCGCAGAGUGAUAAGAUUUCUGGCGUCACAACCGAACUAUGCGAUAGGAUUUGCGGAUCUUCAUGCUAACUUCAACGCGCUCAUGGAGGGAAGACAAUUUGAACGUCUCCUUAGAAACUAUACCGAUCAGUUUGAGUUGUUUGAAGAUGGACAAUUAUUUGUCCGUCUUUCUAUCAAAGUAAAGGUAUGUGAAAUGCAUUGUUCAAACCAGACCUGUCCGGGAAACAUCUCGGUCUGCAAAGGCUUACAUAUUUGUAAGAGGUAUAUUUUAUAUGGAAACUGCACACACAAUCCGUGUAUUGUUGGACAUGACUUAACAACUUCCCAUAACAUGGAAGUUCUGAGUCAACUCUUACUGAAUCAGUUGCCAAUGCCUCUUGUUGAAGAUCUCCUUAAACGUCCAACCAAAAUAUGUGAGUUUUACAACAUGGCGGGUGGAUGCAGAAAUAAUGAAGCCGGAAAACCAUGCACAUAUCUGCAUCUAUGUAAGAACUACAUAACUCGGGAAUGCAUAACAGAUAACUGCCAAAGAAGCCAUUUCAUCCAUAAGAGUACAGUAAGGAAUGUCUUAGAGAAGCAUGGCAUCAGUAUGGGAAAAAUACCAAAGAAGAAUUUAGCAGAAUUCAAAAAAAUAAUGCAGUCAAAUGACAGGAAUUUCUCCGGAAGAGAUGGACCUAUUCCUGAACCGAUGUUUGGAAGAAAUGCUGCCACAAAGAUAUGUGAGUUUUACAACAAGAAUGGGGGAUGCAGAAAUGAUAAAAACGGAAAACCAUGCCCAUAUCUGCAUCUGUGUAAAAACUACAUAACACGGGAAUGUGUGACAGAAAACUGCCAAAGAAGCCAUUUCAUCCAUGAAAGUACAGUACGAAAUGUCUUAGAGAAGCAUGGCAUCAGUAUGGGAAAAAUACCAAACAGGAAUUUAGCAGAAUUCAAAAAAAUAAUGCAGUCAAAUGACAGGAAUUACUCCGGAAGAGAUGGACCUAUUCCUGAACUGAUGUUUGGAAGAGGCAGGCCACUUCCGGAUACCCUGAGAAGACCGAUGUCAGGCAUGACUAUACAGGACAGGGGAGUUUGGCCCACUUCCAGAAGACCCCCUUUGUCUCCUGCGCAAUUAGGUGGAGCAGAAGCAGUCGCGUCUGGCAGAGGAACCCAGAGACCAGGGAUACCUUUUAAUUCGCAGAGGGCUAGUUCAAGUCUUGUUGACAGAAUGGUAUCCGAAACUGCGGCAGACAACAUCCUUAACAAGAAGAUAUGUAUUUACAAUUUGAAGAGUCGAUGCUCGUACUUUGCACAGUGUUUUAAUUACCACUGUGAAUUACUGUACCAGUGGUUCUACCGGUUUGAUGACAGUUCUAACUGGAAGACAGUCGAACCCCUGGAAAACAUGCGUAUGGAACUGCACUACAGCGAUCCAGCCAACGUUGAAUACUGUCUGUUUAUUGAAGAUGUGUCGGUGCAACUGAAGUUCAAGACCAUGAAAGCAGAGGGUGAAGGCAAGCACCUGACAUUCCAUCGGGUGUCAACAGAGUCGUCGGCAAUUUUGGAUUCGCACCCCCUUGCAACAAGCUGGCAGUGGUUUUGGAUGGCAGAGAGUGGGGAAUGGAAGAAAUAUGGUGAUGAUGCAGAUGGACAUCGUUCCAAAAUCUCGAGCGAGGACCUAGAACAAGCUUACAUCUCAAACCCUGAUGGUCAGCUAAAGUUUAGUACUCAAGAGCAUGAGUAUAAACUAGACUUUGCAAAAAUGGUGCAGUGUAACAUUCACCACAAGACGGAGCGAGAAGUAUCAAGACGACCAAAGUUCGUAUCAAAAGAUGAGUUAGAAAGACGCAAGAAACAACCAGUAAUACAGAAACCUGCAGGAUCUGCAACAUCAGGGUUUGUCCCUGUCGCUCCGCCACACUGGAAUCUGAGAAGGACCGAUGAACUGUUGAACCAUUGCGAGCUCGUUCUACUGGAUGAGCGGAAUCCCAGUAUGAACACUGAGUACAAUGAGAUUGAAAACAUGUUUUUUGAGACCAUGCCUAGAAUGACGGAGACUAUUGUGUCGAUCUCCAGGGUGGAAAAUGGUGACCUUUGGUAUAACUAUCUUAGUAAAAAAGAUAAACUGAAAAAGAGGAACAAGGGCGUAGAUGUGGAGGAGAGACAACUCUUCCAUGGCACCAGUAAUGACACUGUGGAGGCCAUCUACAGACAAGGUUUUGACUUCAGGCUGAGUGGAACUGCUUCAGGUACAGCUUAUGGAAAAGGCAGCUACUUUGCAACCACUGCCAAAUACUCAAACUGCUACACAGACAGACAGAAGGAAACCAUGGGGAUGUUUAUUGCUAAGGUGCUAGUGGGAGAUUACACAAAGGGAGAUAAAUCAUACAGCAGACCCCCACAGAAAGACCCACAUGAUCUGUCGAGUCCUUUGUACGACUCUUGCGUUGAUAGUGUUAUAGAUCCAAAGAUUUUUGUUAUCUUUGAACUCGGUCAGGUGUACCCAGAAUACUUGAUAAAAUACAAGUCUGAUUUCUCCCCGUAGUUUUUGUGCUAUAUUUCAAGAUGAAAAAUAUGAUUUCAUCGAUUCCAAAGCAUCUUUCGAAUUUAACCUAAGGAAUGAAAAUAUCACUUUUAAGCACUACUUUUUGAAAAUCCAUUGUAGUACCUUUCCCUAGAUCAAAACUAACACAUCACUUUAAAACCAGAAAUUGUUGCCAAUAAUUUGAUAUUAAUGAAAGGUUGCUUAAAUUUAAAUAACGGUUUUUUUUUGUGGAAAAAAUGACAUUUUAUUAGAAAUAUUGUAAUCCUAUUCUUCAAACGUU